AUGGACACGAAACAUUCCAAACAGAACUUUAAUUCCUCUCAUGGAGUAACCGUGUCUUACGUUCGUCAACCACGACAACGUAUAACUGAAAAUUACCUUCUCCUGUGGGUAGACAAGGGCAUUGAUCAAGCAAACGAAGGUUAUGAAACCACAUUAAAACAAAUACGGACUAUUACUGGUGAUGUCAAUGCUUUUACGCAACGAGAUGCAUGCAUUGACUUUCUUACAGAUGCUCAAGAAGACACUAAGUAUUUUCUCGUUGUCAGGGAUACUAUGUCUCAACAAAUAAUGCUUCUUAUCAAUGAUAUUCCUCAGCUGGAUAGUGUCUAUAUCUUCAAUGAUAUUGAAACUCUACAUGACCAAUGCGCAAAAAAAUGCGACAAAAUCAAGAGCAUUCAUACCAACAUCGAUGAUCUAUGCAAAGCAUUACAAAUCGAUAUCAAGCAAUUCAAUCAAGACUCAAUAGCCAUGAGUUUUAACACAGAUAUUCUCCUUGAUAUGCAACAUGGUGAACAGGCCAUUGAAGACUUUAUAACUUACUGUCGAGAUCAUGACUGCUUCUCGUCAACCAAUAUUAACCGUUUCGAGAAACAAUACAAUGCUCAAACAGUCAUUUGGUGGUAUACUUUCCCAUCGAAUAUCUAUUCUAUGCUCAAUUAUGCUCUUCGGACACUGGACGCUGAUGCAAUUAUUACUAUGGGAUUUUUUAUGUGCCAUCUGCAUCAACAAAUUCAGCAGCUGUAUGAACAACAGCUCAGUACCUACGAUGAAGAAACGUUUAUAGUUUAUAGAGGACAAGGUUUAAUGAAAUCAGAUUUCGAGAAACUUCAAAAAACAAACGGUGGACUUAUGUCGUUUAACAAUUUUUUGUCUACCAGUACAGAUAAAGAAGUGUCCCUCGAAUUUGCUCAAUGUGCUUCGACAAAACCGGAUACGAUAGGCAUUCUUUUUAUAAUGUCCAUUGAUCCGUGUAUUAAAUCAACACCAUUUGCCUCCAUCAAAGAGAAAAGUUAUUUUAAGGAAGAAAAUGAGAUUCUCUUCUCAAUGCAUACAGUCUUUCGAGUGGUUGCAAUUAAACAAAUGGAUAAUAAGAAUCAACUUUAUCAAGUUGAAUUACAAUUAACGUCGGAUGACGACCAACAACUACGAUUACUUACCGAUCGAAUACGAAAAGAAGGUGGUCGUGGUACUGGGUGGCACAGACUGGGGACAUUAUUGCUUAGAAUUGGUCAAUUUAAUGAAGCUGAAGAACUUUAUAACGUAUUGCUCGAACAGACAUCUGAUGAGGGUGAAAAAGCGCUUUAUUAUAAUCAGGUUGGAUUUGUACAUUCGACACAAAGUGAUUAUAAAAAGGCAAUUUGGUAUUACGAGCAAGGCCUUAAAAUUCGAGAAAAAACUCUUCCUUCAAAUCAUCUUGCAUUGGCUAUUUCAUACAACAACUUCGGUGGUGUGUAUGAGCGCAUGGCAGAGUACUCGAAAGCACUUUCAUAUUAUGAAAAAGCACUUGAAAUUGAUCAAAAAACUCUUCCUUCAAAUCAUCCUUCAUUGGCUACUUCAUACAGCAACAUUGGUACUGUGUAUAACAGCAUGGUAGAGUACGCGAAAGCACUUUUAUAUUUCGAAAAAGCACUUGAAAUUAAACAAAAAACUCUUCCUUCGAAUCAUCCUGAUUUGGCUACUUUAUACAACAACAUCGGUUUGGUGUAUGAGAAUAUGAGGGAGUACUCAAAAGCACUUUCUUCUCACGAAAAAUCACUUGAAAUCUGUCAAAAAACUCUUCCUUCGAAUCAUCCUCAUUUGGCUUCUUCAUACAACAACAUCGGUAGUCUGUAUGGCAGCAUGGGAGAGUACUUGAAAGCACUUUCAUGCUACGAAAAAGCACUUGAACUUCGACAACAGAUUUUUCCUUCAAAUCAUCCUAGUUUGGCUGCUUCAUACAACAACAUCGGUUUUGUGUACGAAAAUAUGAAAGACUACUCGAAAGCGCUAUCAUAUUUUGAACGGGCUCUGGACCUAUGGCAACGUGCUUUACCUCCAACUCAUCGUUAUAUAAAAAGUGUGAAAGAGAGGAUUGCGAUUUUAAGAAAGAAAUUAUAA